CGCAACGACGUCGGACGUAGAAGCGCAACAUCAUUCAAGAUGGUGCUGGAAAGUACUAUGGUCUGUGUGGACAACAGUGAGUACAUGCGCAAUGGAGACUUCUUGCCCACCAGAUUGCAGGCUCAGCAGGACGCAGUUAACAUAGUUUGCCAUUCCAAGACUCGCAGCAACCCUGAAAACAAUGUUGGCCUUAUAACCAUGGCAAACAACUGUGAGGUUCUGACUACACUGACUCCAGACACAGGCAGGAUACUGUCAAAGCUGCAUGCUGUGCAACCUUGUGGGAACAUCAGCUUCUGUACUGGCAUCAGGGUAGCACAUUUGGCCCUUAAACACAGGCAGGGCAAGAACCACAAAAUGCGCAUCAUUGCAUUUGUUGGCAGCCCAGUGGAGGACAAUGAAAAAGAAUUGAUCAAAAUGGCAAAGCGUUUGAAGAAAGAAAAGGUCAACGUGGAUGUUAUCAACUUUGGAGAGGAGGAGAUGAACACUGAGAAGCUGACCACCUUCAUCAACACACUCAACGGCAAAGAGGGAGCGGGGUCACAUCUGGUCACUGUGCCUCCAGGCCCAAGCCUGGCUGAUGCCCUUCUGUCUUCACCCAUUCUUGCUGGAGAAGGAGGUGCUGGUCUUGAUGCCAGUAAUUUUGAUUUUGGGGUGGACCCCAGUGCAGACCCAGAGUUGGCCUUGGCUUUACGUGUCUCCAUGGAGGAGCAAAGACAGCGGCAGGAGGAUGAAGCUCGCAGAGCUGCUGUUGCCUCUGCCGCUGAGGCUGGCGUUUCCUCUCCUGCAGCAGAUGAAUCCGAGGACACUCUGCUGAAGAUGUCUGUUCCUAAUACAAACCCAUCCACGCCCCCAUUACCAGACUUUAGCCGCAUGACGGAAGAUGAGCAGAUUGCAUAUGCCUUGCAGAUGUCCAUGCAGGGAUCAGGAGCAGAAUUUGGUACUGAAGACAUGGACACUGGAGCUGAUUUGGACUCCAGUGAAGCCAAGGACGACGAGGACUAUGACGUCAUGCAGGACCCAGAGUUCCUUCAGAGUGUCUUGGAAAACCUUCCAGGAGUUGAUCCAAACAACGAAGCCAUCCGUAACGCCAUGGGCUCACUGGCCUCUCAGGCUGGCUCCAAGCCAGACGCCAAGAAGGACGAGGAGAAGAAGAAGUGAACACCUGAAGAGGACGAAUGAUGUACAAUUAAUAAAAACCACCGAAUCACUCUGUGUUUGCAGAAAGGGUUUUUACUCUCCUUUAAACUGCAGAUUAAUGUUGCUCUACUCUGUAAGUACCUUUCACAGCAUUGUGAGCACCUGGAUGCCAUUUUUGUCAUAUCUCCCCCCUGUGUUGAGAGGGUCUGUGUUGUUUUAUUACUUCUGAGCAAGUUAGACUUAAAAAUAAAGUGACUUAUAAAUAAA